UUAUGAUAAAAGUGUAAAAAGCUAUAAGGAUGCAACAAUGAAAGAGAAUGCGUGGACAGAAAUUGCUAAUGUUCUAGAUACUACAGUUACAGAGUGCCAGAAUCGAUGGACACGUCUCCGUCAACGCUUCAGCAAGGAGAGGCAGCUGCAGGAGCAAGAGACGAGGAGUGGAGCUGGAAAGCCCAUGAGACAAAAAUGGAUAUUAUUUGAGAGCCUCGCCUUCUUGGGAAGACAUAUAACCCACAGAAGAAGCUUCUCCAAUGUCAAUUGCGCAAAGCCAUCCGGGCCAAGCGGUAUCAGUGAGGUGGCGUUGAAAACCCAACAUUCGAGAGUCCUUCAGGACAAGCAUGAAAUGACCGCUAAUAACAACCUCAAUACACCACUUUCAACAUCCGGCCAGCAGUCUUUGUAUACACUGCCGUCGAAAGAAGUAUGCAACACAUUGCCAAAGUCGGUUUAUGAAAAUCAAUCUAUUUCUAACUCGAAACUUGGUCAUGACUUACGGCCACCCUCGCCGUUGCAAAGCCUUCCGCCACUUGCAGUUGAAGAAACUUCACUGUCAUCGACAUCUUCCUCAAUUUCGCGCCAAACACCUGCUUCGGAGACGGAGGAAACGAAUGUGGUGAGUCCACCAUCCUCCUGCUUUUCGGGAAACAUGCAAAGGACUUUUAAAAAGCAGAAGAUCAACCCGGUGGAAAUAGCGUUCCAUCAGAUGAACAAUACACUGAGUAAUAUAGCUGAAAUGUGUUCUCGGAAAAAACCUGUAAACGACAACGAUCCAGAUGUUGUCAUUGGAAAACUCGUCACAGCGGAGCUUCAAACAGCAACAGAACCAUACAAAAGCGAGUUAAAACGAAAAUUUAUGGAGUUGCUAUAUUUUUCAAAAACCAUGUAA